GGGAAGAAAGAAAAGGGAGCAGGAAUUGGGUGUUGCAUUCUGUUUUCCUCUCCCAACCUCCUCCUCCUCCUCCUCCUCCUCCUCUUCUGCCUACUUCUCUUAUCCCCUUUUUCUUCUUCCCGAUCCAUUGCGGAUGGAGGAGAAGAGAGGGGAGGGAAGGAGUUCUUCUUGAGGCGGAAGGUUAGGGUUUGGAGAUCUCGAGGGGGGGCGGGGGCGAAACAUGCAUAUGAUGCGGCGGCUCAAGAGCAUCGCGUCGGGGCGGUCCUCGGUCUCGGAUCCGGGUGGGGACUUAGGUACAAAAAGAGCAAAGUUUGAUCAGGAAGGAGGAGAAAUUCUUACGGAACGGCAUUUGGUGGAAGACAAGGUUUCUACUAUGGAUCAACGUAUAUCCUUGUAUCAUUUGGAUCUUGAUGCAAGCACAUCGAGCACUGACCCUCCUGCAAGAUUUGAAGCGGCAACAAUGGAUCAACUUCCAAGGGAAAUGCAUGGUAUGACAAUCAGAGAAGAUAAACCUGAUGGUCACAAUGAGAAGGAACUGGACGGGUCAAUGACAAAUGGUAAAGGAACUAUGACGGGACAGAUAAUUGCAACAACAAUAGGUGGCCGGGAUGGUCAGCCAAAACAGACAAUCUCAUACAUGGCAGAACGUAUUGUCGGCACUGGUUCAUUUGGUGUGGUCUUUCAGGCUAAAUGUGUGGAAACAGGGGAAGCUGUUGCCAUCAAGAAGGUUUUACAGGAUAAGAGAUACAAGAACAGGGAACUACAGAUUAUGCUCUUGCUUGACCAUCCAAAUGUAGUUCAGCUAAAGCACUAUUUUUUUUCUACCACUGAAAAAGAUGAGAUCUACCUAAAUCUUGUUCUUGAAUAUGUUUCUGAGACUCUUUAUCGCAUAGUGAAGUAUUAUAGUCGGAUGAACCAGCAUUUACCUCUCAUUUAUGUCAAGUUGUACACGUACCAGAUUUGUCGUGCACUUGCUUAUAUUCAUCGUGUUAUAGGGGUGUGCCAUCGGGACAUUAAGCCACAAAAUCUUCUGGUCAAUCCCCACACUCACGAAAUAAAGCUUUGUGACUUUGGUAGCGCCAAGAAGUUGGUUCCAGGAGAGCCUAAUAUAUCUUACAUUUGCUCACGGUACUAUAGGGCACCUGAGCUUAUUUUUGGAGCUACAGAGUAUAGCACAGCUAUUGACAUGUGGUCUGUUGGUUGUGUGUUAGCUGAGCUUCUCAUAGGACAGCCUAUAUUUCCUGGGGAAAGUGGUGUUGAUCAGCUGGUGGAAAUUAUAAAGAUUUUAGGUACACCAACACGAGAAGAAAUCAAAUGUAUGAACCCAAAUUACACGGAGUUCAAAUUUCCCCAGAUCAAAGCUCAUCCUUGGCACAAGCUUUUUCACAAGUGGAUACCUCCUGAAGCAGUUGAUCUUGUGUCGAGGCUGCUUCAGUACUCACCUAAUCUGCGUUUUACGGCUCUGGAGGCCUGUGCUCAUCCAUUCUUUGAUGAGUUGAGAGACCCUAACACACGUUUGUUGAAUGGGCAUCCCCUUCCUCCUCUGUUCAACUUCACGUCUCAAGAGCUUGAAGGUACUUCCCCAGAACUGAUUCAACGCCUCAUUCCUGAGCAUGUAAGUAUUCUUACCUUGUAUGGAGCCCUGAAGUGAUUGGUGAUCAAACCUGAAUCUGAUUGGUAAGAGGAACACAGAGACAAACAUAUUGGACGAAGAUUGUUUGUGGAGGUCAAGGAAGAUAUCUUUGACUUCUAGGUUUUCCUUUAUGGGCAAUCCCAAGAAUGUUGGAGAAGAUAUUAAUUUGUGAAAUACUGAGGUGGCUUCAGGGACCUGGGCAAGAAGGGUAAGAGUUAUAAUCGUUCAGCAAUCUACGUUUGUAAUAUGUGAAAGAAGGAUGAUAAACCAUUUACCAGUUUCUGUAGCUUCACGAUCCAAGGCUGAUGUAAGUGCCGAUUUGUUGUUGAAAUCUUAUUGUAUGUAGUAUUUGAAUUGAUUUAAAGGUGCUUAUGAGACA